AUGCUCCUUUCGGACAGACGAGUCGUUUUGCAAUCCAAGGAUCAGGGGAAUCAUGGAACGCCGACGACGACAUUUGGAGUGUCCCCGAAGAAGAGGAGGAUGUCUCGUCAUCGAAGGGAGGACCUGUCAGAAGGAUCUGGUCCCGAUCUGGCUGAAGAGACAGGGCCGGGUGAAAUUCUUGAAACAUGCGGGCAGGGAAGUGCUGAUCCAUGGUUUGAUCUUCCUCUGCGUCAGCUUGUUAUGGAAUCUCGUGAGGUGGUUUUAUCGUUGAUCAAACGAGACGCGCAGCAUCACUUUAUAGUAAAGACAGCUGUGACUGUACAACUCAUCGUCAAAGUUUUUACGACAGGACAACCGGCAACGAUAUCCAUUCAAUUGCCAUACCGCUUCGUCAAACUUCAAAUCCAUGUGAACAAUGGGAACUGGCUAUGA